CUCCUUUUCCGGAUGUGCCGAGGCCGGCCAUUGUGCGCGCCGGUUCCCUCUGCGGGUGACGGCUCUCCGAGCUCGGUUCGUCUCGCUAUCCCGCUCCUCUUUCUCUUGGCGGAGCCCGGCGGGUCCGGGACUCUGUCCCGGAGGCUGCGGGUGCCGGCGCCGGCGCCGGCCCCGGGAUGUGGCUGUGGGAGGAGCAGGGGGGCCUGUUGGCCUCCUUCUCCUUCCUGUUCCUGCUGCUGCUGAUCCUGACCCGCAGCCCCUUCAAUUCCUGCCUCUUCACCCUCAGCUUCUACCUGCUGCUGCGCUUCUUCAGCUUCGAGCCGGUGCCCAACCGCCGGGCUCUGCAGGUGCUCCGGCCCCGCGGCCGCAUCUCCGCCAUCGCUCACCGCGGCGGCUGCCACGAUGCCCCUGAGAACACUCUGGCCGCGAUUCGGGAGGCAGCUAAGAAUGGAGCAACAGGUGUGGAGCUGGACAUUGAAUUUACGGCAGAUGGUGUUCCUGUCCUGAUGCAUGAUGAAACAGUAGAUAGGACUACUGAUGGAACUGGUCGUUUGAAUGACUUGACAUUUGCUGAAGUUAGGAAGCUUAAUCCAGCAGCAAACCACAGAUUGAAGAAUAAUUUCCUUGGUGAAAAAAUACCUACUCUGAAGGAAGCCAUUGUGGAAUGCCUAGAUCAUAACCUCACAAUCUACUUUGAUGUCAAGAGCCAUGCAGCUAUGGCUGCCGAUGCUCUAAAACAUAUGUAUAUGGAGUUUCCUAAGUUAUACAAUGUCAGUAUUGUCUGCUCUUUCAUGCCAGAAGUUAUCUAUAAGAUGAGGCAGGCAGACCGUAAUGUUGUGACAGCUUUAACCCAUAGACCUUGGAGCCUUAGCUAUUUUGGAGAUGGGAAACGACGCUUUGAUUCUCUUUGGAAGCAUUUUUUAUAUAUGCUGCUGGAUAUUCUCCUAGAUUGGAGUUUGCAUAAUAUCUUGUGGUACCUUUGUGGAAUUUCAGCUUUCCUUAUGCAGAAAGAUUUUGUGUCUACGGCCUAUUUGAAGAGGUGGUCAGCUAAAGGCAUUCAUGUUGUUGCUUGGACUGUGAAUACCUAUGAAGAGAAAAAAUUCUACGAAGGCCAUCUUCACUCCAGCUAUAUGACUGACAGCAUGUUAGAAGACUGUAGCCCUCAUUUCUAGACCACCACCCUUUUGCAGGGACUCUGGUUUCAGAAAACUCUGCUCUCCUUAUUCAGGGAAAUCUAAAGACCUGGAUGGAGCCGUGAGUUCUCAAGGGUCAGAUUGUUCACAGGACUAGCCAGAAAUUGCAUUUUAACUUGAAUCAGAGCAGAAUGGUGUGGUUGGCACCUAAUUCCAUAGCCUGCUUGAGUUCGUCAUGGCUGAUCUUGGGGAAUCAGGUCUGUGAGGAGAUUUGCCACUGCUUGCCCCUCAUCCAACUGAGUUAUAUACAGAGACUCAGUAGUGAUAAGCACAGAUUCAUGUAAUUUGUAUGUAUUUUAAAAAAAAAUUACUGCAAAUGUAUGCAAAAUGCAUGUUGACUCAGACUGGACUCUUGUUACUUUUCACACUCGACGUAUUCUUCCACUAUUUGUACUUGGCCAUGUUGAAUGGUAUAUUAUGGAAGUCAGAUUUGGGAACCAUACUAAUACAAUUGUUAAAAUGUAUAUUAAACAUACAAUACCCUAAGUAAUAAAUGAUUUGAGAAAAACACUG